GUACCUUCUGAAGAGCGCAAGGUGUGUGCGUGCUAUGGAGAACGGCAACGCCUUCCCUUCUGGUGUCAGCAGGGACACUUUGCCCCAGCAUUUCCCCGUCGGGAUGAGGGUCCUCGUGGUGGAGGACGACCCGAACGACCUUGAGCACUUGACGCAAAUCCUCGAGAGGUGCGGCUACAAAGUGACGGCGAAAGCGUCGCCGAGAGAAGCGCUGAAAGAGGUGGAGGAGAAUGGAGAGGGCUUCCACUUCGACAUCAUCAUGACCGUCGUGCACGGUGGCGAAGAAGGAGAUGGAUUCGAUGGCUUCGACCUCCUCAAGCGCGUUCGGGAUCAUUACCCAGUCAUCAUUUUCUCCGCCGACUAUUCCAAGGAGAUGGUGAUGAGGACAAUCAAUGAAGGCGCCUGUGACUUCAUGCCAAAGCCUAUGUGCUACCAGGAGGUGCGCAAUAUAUGGUUCCAUGUCGACAUGCAGAGGGGAUUAGAAGUGGACGACCCUAACGAGGGGGUAGAAGGAGCUAGCAACAAUGAGAAUCCCCCUGAGAUCAAAUAGCUUGGGAGACAUCUACAACUUCCUCUCGAUGAAUAAAAGGUGGCACCAUUAUUUGCUCUGCAACUGGCGACCUCUGGCGACCUCUGGCAUUGAAGUCUUAGUCACUCAGGGCAAGCUUCUGUUUCUGUAGUAGCUACAAAAUUACUUCCAUCAUGUAAUAAAUAAAUUUGGCAAACUCUUGUUUGUGAUUCUUGCCAGUUUGGAUGACAACCCU